CAAUUCAACGUCGUUUCCUCUUCAGUUGGGGGGUCUCGGAGAUUUCAAAAUUAGUUUUCUUCUUCUUUUGUUCUUCCGAAAAUUAGGGUUAUUUUUGGGGAUUCUCGUGUCGAUAAAGCAAUGACUGAACGAGAAGACGUAGCAGAGGUUUCUCUUUUAGUGAGAAGCGAGGAAGAUCUUUCUCCUGAAUGUUUAGCUUGGGCUGAUUCCUGUAUCAUCAGUUUUCCAGAUGAUUCAGACAACAAUAACUGGGGAACUUUCAGAGAUGCUUUAACAGAAAUCAUCGAUAUCCAUCCCGAGAUGUUUGUUCCUUCAUCUACAGGAACAAGAGGUGUCCUGUCUCCAGACGAGGAUAUGAUUGAAUCCGAGCCUAUUCAUCUACGGAGAUUUGAACCAGAAGCUGAUUCAGCGAACUGUAAAACUAAUUCAUCGAAUGAAGAAGUCAGCGAGAUUGUCUCUAUGCUAACGUUUGAAUCAGACCCGUCAAAGAGUUCUUUAGAAGAUUGUUAUUUUUCAGAGUCCAUAGCAGAGAAUGGAACCCGUGAACUAGCAGCGGAUCAUCCUACUACAGAUCUUGGAGGUGUUGAAAGUAUAGAAGAAGAUGGGUCAGUGAGCAAUGGAGAGGCUGAAGAAGAAGAAGAACCAGCGGCAGUAUCGUCUCAAGUAUUCAAGGAUGAUUUCAUGAGCACAUACGUUGAAGACAAUGUUGACGAUUGUAACGUUACAGAGGAUCCCGUCAAAGUAACUCCACAAGAGAUUUUCAUGGUGUGGGAUCUGGAGAUUGUGGGGGAUGAUGACGAGGAAGAUGGGUUGGUGCUGCAGCUGAAGAAGGCCCUCAAUGAGUCUUCCACGGUCCAGCCACUGAAUGAUGAUCAAGUUGUAGCAGAGGAGAGCAAUAUCGAUGAUCUGAUAGCUGGGAUAUCGGAUCUGUCUCUUGCAGAAACUUUUAAGUGAACUAUGAAGUUUAAGUAUGUGUUUAUUUUGACAUCAGAAACUCUCUUUUUACUUUACUACUCCUUAACCGACACAAACCGGUUUUGAGAUUUCAAAA